AUGGCGAGCAAUAGUGGCAAUCAUGUUGUGCCUGAAGAUGUAACAGUUGAGAUAUUAUCGAGACUACCUGUGAAAUCUUUGAUGCGAUUUGGGGGAGUUUGUAGAUAUUGGUACACUAUCAUCAGAAACUCUAGUUUCAUUACCAAGCACCACGACCACCACAACAACAAUGUCCAUCUUCUUGUUCAGUACUACAAUUUCGACACUGAAAAAUUUGCUUUCAGCCUAUUCCCCGAUGAAAAUCUUGACAGUGUACCACUAUUGUAUCAUGAACUUGAUGAGUUACAGAUGUCUAGAGAUCCAUUAUAUGUUCUUGGUCCUGUUAAUGGCAUACUAUGUUUGUUUAAUGGUGGGGAUCAUGUAGCUUUGUGGAACCCCACUUUGAGAGAUUUCAGGCUCCUCCCUAAGCUCCAAGAAAACAGUCCGCCUUAUUUUACCAUCAAUUGGGAUAGUUUUGCAUUUGGUUUGGACCCCUUAACCAAAAAUUAUAAGGUGGUUUGGAUUCGGUAUUUUUGGGAUGACCGGAUAGAUACCCUAUAUUUUCCUCCAAUUGUUGCAGUAUAUACCCUAUGGACUAAUUCAUGGAAAAUGAUUGAGAUUGAUUUGCCUCUAAAUCAACCUAUAGAUAGUACUUUCAAUGACGGAUUUAUUAAUGGAACUUAUUAUUGGAUGACGAGUGAUAAUUCAGAUAUGUAUAUGAUUAUUUCGUUUGAAAUGGGCAAUGAGACUUUCGGAAUGAUACGACUGCCAUUAGAUUUUCCCAAAUUACCAUGGGAAGGUCUUACUGUGUAUAAUGACUCACUUAUUGUGAUACUUUAUCAUCCACCUAUGGAGGAGAAAUACUUUGAAAUAUGGAGGAUGGAGAAAGAGGGUCUGUGGAACAAGCAAUUAACUAUUGGACCCUUUCUAGAUAUUGACAGGCCACUUGGUUUAUGGAAAAAUGGUGAGCUUUUCCUAGAAAGUGAAAAAACUCAACAGUUACUCUUAUACAACAUUAAUACCCAAGAAACUAAGGUUCUUGGACCUCGAGGAUAUGAACAUUGCCUCAAGGUUUUAAACUACAAGCAGAGUUUAGUUUCUUUGAAGGGACAAAAUGAAUUUAGGGAAGUAUACAAUUCAUCUAAUAUGAUUCGAGAGUUCUGUACAUCUUGA